AUGGCAAAAUUUCGAAGAAGGACUUGCUUCAUUUUGUCACUUUUUAUUCUAUUUAUUUUCUCUCUGAUGAUGGGUUUAAAAAUGCUGAGACCAAAUAAAGCAGCUUUUGGAGAUCCUUUUGGACUUGAGCUUCUUCCAGAAAUUCGGCAACAAACUCAUUUGACGAAAGGUUUUGAUUCUCAAAAGAGUGACAAAAUCAGCAGUGAAACAAACAUCAAGAACUUAAAAACUGAGGAAAUCACUGUGAAAGCUUCCGUAGCCUCUGAAGCUCAUCCAGAACAACUGCCACCUCUGAAUUAUUACUUACAUGUAUUUUAUUACAGUUGGUAUGGAAAUCCACAAUUUGAUGGUAAAUAUAUACAUUGGGACCAUCCAGUUCUCUCACACUGGGACCCUAGGAUAACCAAGAAAUAUCCCAAAGGGAAGCACAACCCCCCUGAUGACAUUGGCUCCAGGUUUUAUCCUGAGUUGGGAAGUUACAGCUCUCGGGAUCCUUCUGUCAUCGAAACUCACAUGAAACAAAUGUACUCAGCUUCAAUUGGUGUACUAGCCCUAUCUUGGUACCCACCUGAUUUGAAUGAUGAGAAUGGAGAACCUACUGAUAACUUGGUACCAACUAUUUUGGAUAAAGCUCAUAAAUAUAAUCUGAAGGUCACUUUUCACAUUGAACCAUAUAAGAAUCGAGAUGAUAAAAACAUGUACAAAAAUGUCAAGUACAUUAUAGACAAAUAUGGAAAUCAUCCUGCCUUUUACAGGUACAAGACUAAGAAUGGCAAUGCUCUUCCAAUGUUUUAUAUCUAUGAUUCCUAUAUCACAGCAUCUCAAAAAUGGGCCAAUCUGUUAACCAGCUCAGGGUCUCAGAGCAUUCGCAACUCUCCUUAUGAUGCAUUGUUUAUUGCACUUCUAGUAGAUAAAAAGCAUAGAUACGGAAUUCUUCGAGGUGGUUUUGAUGGAAUUUACACAUACUUUGCCACAAAUGGCUUUACUUAUGGCUCAUCCUAUGAAAACUGGGCUAAGAUAAAAUAUUUUUGUGAUCAGUUCGACCUAAUGUUCAUCCCAAGUGUGGGCCCGGGAUACAUAGAUACCAGCAUCCGACCAUGGAACUCUCAUAACACUCGUAACCGAAUCAACGGGAAAUACUAUGAGACUGCUCUGAGUGCUGCACUCCAAGCCCACCCCAGUAUAAUUUCCAUCACCUCUUUUAAUGAGUGGCAUGAAGGAACUCAGAUUGAAAGAGCUGUUCCCAAAAGAACCGGUAAUAUUGUGUACCUGGAUUACCGGCCUCAUAAACCAAGUCUUUAUCUAGAGCUAACUCGCAAGUGGUCUGAAAAAUACAGAAAGGAAAGAGCAAUUUAUGCAUUAGGUCACCAGGAACUUAGCACACAACCUGUUUCUUAA